AUGAAGGACGAGUGGAGAGUGCGAACUGCAGAUGAUGUAGACAGAUCGAUAUGUGCGGAAAUCCCAAAUCCUGUAGAAGAACCGGACUUCACGCUGCUGCAGUGUGGUCAGAUGGACUCUCCUUGCAUGCGGAACGGGUCCUGUUCUAAACGAUUCCCGAAGCAAAUACGGGAAAGAACUUCGGUUGAUGUGGAUGGUUACCCCAACUACCGACGUCGUAACCUAUCACCUGCCGAGAUCAAUGGUGUUCUUUACGGUGACGAAUGGGUCGUGCCAUCAAAUCCGUACCUUCUGAUGAAGUUUGACUGUCAUAAGCAGAAGUAUGCCCCCACCAGUGUAAGAAUGUCCUUCGUCUACGGUCUGAAAGUAGACUAG